AUGCGUUCUUUCGCUACUUUCACCUCUCUCCUUGCCAUUGCCAGCGCUGUCAGUGCUACUCUUGACCCUGCCAAGAGCAACACUAAGGGUCAAUACCCCAAGAGCCCAUCAUGCUCUCCUUCCAAGACAUCCAACGCCAUUCAGGCUGCUGAGUGCGCUUACAACACCCGCGUCUCGGGCAAACAGACGUUUGCCAUUUUCAAGGUUGAUCACCAGUACGACAAGAACAACGGUGCUCCUUAUGGUACCUGCGAGGCUUAUGAGUGUGAUGCUCCCACUUCUGGCGAAAUGACUGCCGAUCAAGACUACUGGACGUUCUUCUGGAACAACAAUGGAGCGUCUUCUGGUGUUGGUACUACAUGUAUCAAGGAUCCCAACGAUGGAACCUGCGGUUGUGAGAACUCGGACGGUACCUUUAUUCCCGGUGGAAAGAACUGUGUUUGA